AGUGCUCCUGCAGAAUCAAUUAAACAUCUCAGCACAAUAUGAUCUUCAUCCUCUUCAUCGUUUUUCUUCCAGCAGCUCGACUCCAGGAAACCCAGUAUCGCCAAGACCAGUGUCCCAGUGGCUCCUGUAAUCCCCAGCUGGGUGACUUGAUGGUGGGUCGAGCGCCUCGGCUGUCAGCCUCGUCCACCUGUGGUCUGGAUGGUCCACAGAACUACUGCAUCAUUGGAUACCUGGAGGAGGAGCAAAAAUGCUUCACAUGUGACUCUCGGCUGCCAUACAAUCACCAUGGCAACCCCAACAGCCACCGCAUUGAGAAUGUCAUCACGACCUUCGACCCCGAGAGAAAAACAAAGUGGUGGCAGUCCGAAAACGGAUUUCAUCAAGUCAGCGUCCAGCUUGAUCUGGAGACCGUGUUCAAGUUCAGUCAUCUGGUCCUCACCUUCAAGAGUUUCCGUCCAGCGGCCAUGUUAGUGGAGCGAUCAAAAGAUUACGGACGGAGCUGGAAGGUUUUUCGGUACUUUGCAGAAGAUUGUUUGCUUUCCUUUCCGUCUGUUUCCAAUCAGCCAGCCAACAGCAUUGACGAUAUCGUCUGUGACAGCAGAUACUCUGGAUCAGAUCCGUCCACCAACGGAGAGGUGGUGCUGAAAGCUCUAGAUCCUAUCUUUGAAAUAAGGAACCCGUACGCACCAAACAUCCAAGAUCUGAUCACCUUAACAAAUAUCCGUGUGAACUUCACUCGUCUCUUCACGUUGGGCGACAUUCUGAGUCGAAGACGCAGGAACCCUCAGGACAAAUAUUACUACGCUCUGUACAACAUGGUGGUCAGAGGGAGCUGCUUCUGUCACGGACAUGCCAGCAGGUGUACACCUGUGGACGGAGGACGGGGGGACGUCUUCACCCAGACUGGCAUGGUUCAUGGUCGGUGUGUUUGUCAGCACAAUACAGCCGGAGAGAACUGUGAGAGAUGUCAGGAAUUUCACCACGACUCACCCUGGAGGCCUGCAGGGAGAAACACAGCCAACACCUGCAGGAGAUGCAACUGUAACGGUCACUCGAACUCUUGUCACUUCGACGCCACUCGUUUUGAAGCGACAGGCAUGCAGAGCGGUGGUGUGUGUGAAGACUGCCUCCAUGACAGGACGGGGUCUCAGUGUGAACGCUGUCGGCCUUUUCUGUUUCAAGAUCCACAGAGAACGGCGGACGACCCGCAUGCCUGCAGACCAUGUGACUGCAACCCAGCGGGUUCAGAGGGAGGCGGUCUGUGUGAUGCUCUGAGUGGGACAUGUGUCUGUAAAGAAAACGUGGAAGGUCGACACUGUAAUCAAUGCAAAUAUGGCUUCUUCAAUCUGAGACGGGACGACCCUGCCGGCUGUCAGGUGUGCAGGUGCCAUGUUUUGGGAAGUGUUGGGUCAUGUGAUCAGCUGACAGGAAGUUGUGAAUGUGUCCCUUUGGCAAGCGGUCCUCUGUGUGAUCGAUGUCUGCCAGGUUUCUGGGGUUUGGGACACUCUGAGUUCAGAUGUUCAGCGUGUGACUGUGACGUUGGAGGAGCUUACAGCACCACAUGUUCUCCGGAGGAUGGACAGUGUCACUGUUUACCCAACAUGGUGGGUCGACAAUGCUCUGACCCCGCCCCUCGCUACUUCCUGCCUCCACUGGACUACUUCCUGUACGAGGCGGAGCUCGCCGCUCCGCUGCAGAGAAGAAGCUCUUCUACUCCUCUUCCUCCUUCACCGUCUUCUCCUUCUUCUUCUUCUCUGUUGGACCCAGUUGUUUUACCUCAGUGUGAGAAGUAUUACAGAGAGCAGGGUUACGACUUUAAGUUCACCAACGGAAGAGUCGUUCUGGUUCGUAGGACUCGACACCUCGCCCGCCGGUGGAGACGGGGACAGCAGAACAGCCUCCCUCUGGACCCGGGUUACGCCCUGCAGAUUGUUCCCCGUCAAAGGAAAACUGAUCAGUCGAUCACCUGGACCGGCCUGGGAUUGGUCAGAGUGUUGGAGGGGGCAGGGCUUAGGUUCACUGUGGACAACCUCCCAUCACCAAUGGAUUAUCAGCUGGUUAUUCGUUAUGAGUCAGAGUCUGCGUCUGAUUGGCUGGCUUCAGUCAGCAUCGUCACAGUGUCAUCAGGCAGCGGCGGCUGCAGCAAUGACCCAACAGGAAGUAAAAGUCUGGUUCUUCCUGCAAACUCCAGGUGGGGUAUUCUGGACUCUGCGGUGUGUCUGAAUGCAGGCAGUCAGUACUUUGUGGACAUUGUCUUUACUAAACAGCCCGGAUCAGACAGCCUGUCCAACUCACACAUUUUGGUCGACUCGAUGGGUUUGAUCCCGAGUACCGAUACUGUCCAGGGCUUCUGCUCCCAGAGUGACUCUUUACGCCUCUUUCGCUGCAUCGGAUUGGCUGUUGAGCUCAAACCAGAGGAGUCACUGAGAGAGGUCUGUGAGGGGCUCAUCGGGAGUACGUCAGCACGAGUACACAACGGAGCUGUGUUGUGCAGGUGUAAUGUUGCCGGAUCUCUCGGACCAUCUUGCAGUAAACUGGGAGGUUUCUGUGAAUGUAAACCCAACGUGAUUGGCCGUUGCUGUGAUACCUGUGCACCACUGACGUUUGAUUUAGGACCCGACGGCUGUAAAUCAUGCGAAUGUGAACCUCGUGGUUCAGUAUCAGAGCUUUGCAAUCAGGUCAGAGGUCAAUGUGUGUGUCGUUCAGAGGUCACGGGUCGACGCUGUGAUCGCUGUCAGACUGCAUUCUGGGGAUUCCCUUUCUGUCAACCCUGUCAAUGUAACGAGCUGUCGGAAGUGUGUGAUGAACAAACCGGAGAGUGCCUGAACUGCAGGGAACAUGCCACCGGACCAAUGUGUGAGAGGUGUGUGGAGGGCUACUAUGGUAACCCGGUCUCCAGACAGCCCUGUCAGCCCUGCCUGUGUCCUGGAGUUACAAACAGCGGACGAUUCUUUGCCACUUCAUGCCAACACGACCCACAAUCUCUCAGUCUCACCUGUGACUGCAGGGAGGGGCACACAGGUCCACGCUGCAACAGAUGCAGCCCUGGUUUCUAUGGCGACCUGGCGUUGCCAGGCGCCAGCUGUGAGGAGUGUCCCUGCAACAACAACAUAAACACUGGAGACCGUAACUCAUGCAACAGCCAAACAGGAGAAUGUCAGCGCUGUCUCUACAACACAACGGGCCCCCAAUGCCAGGACUGCAAACCUGGGUACUACGGGAACGCCCUGGACCAGGACUGCAAAGAGUGCUCUUGUGACCGGCGGGGGACAGAGGUGACUCAGUGUCCUCUAGGGAGUCCUUGUUUCUGUAAUUCAAGGACGGGACAGUGUCCCUGCAGGACGGGGGUGGUAGGCACCCUUUGUGACGAGUGUGUGGACGGAUAUUGGAACCUGGACGGUGCAUCGGGGUGUCAAACCUGCAGCUGUGAUUCUGUGAACUCCUUCUCCAACAUCUGCAACAAGGUGACGGGACACUGUCUGUGUCAACCUGAGUUUGGAGGAAGACAGUGUGACGAAUGUGGAGAAAAUCAUUUUGGGAAUCCGGACCGGCAGUGCAUCUCUUGUGACUGUAAUGUUGAGGGGACUGAGCGCCCGUCAUGUGAUCCUGAAACCGGUGAGUGUCUCUGCCGGGUCGGCGUUUCCGGGAUUUUCUGUGAUGAGUGCGCCCCUGGAUAUGAUUUGGUGUUCCCGAUCUGCGGCGAGUGCCAUCCAUGCAACGCUCUCUGGGCUGGAGACGUCACCGAUAUCCAGCGAGCCACCUUGAGGAUGAGAACCUUCAUUCCUCGCCACGCCGAUGUCAACAUGUGGCCCGGCGACAGUCGCCUGCAACAGAUGUUGAAGAUGCACUCCGAGUUGGACAGCCUCGCCAACCUGACGGGACUCUCCCCGCCAACGCUGGAGAAGCUGGAGAAGCUGGAGAAACUGUGUGCAAAGAUCAGGAAGCUGCAAGAUGCCAUCGACCCAAAUGUUAUCCUGAUCGAUCCGUCUGCUCUCCUAAACACUGAAAUGGACAACAUUGGUCUGGAGUUCAGAAAGCUGCUGAACAACAUGAAGGCAAAACGUCGGCCGAAUCCAGACGAUGAAGAUGAAUACCCAGACGAGCUGCUGGCUGAAGUCCAGAAGCUUCAUGAAGCCUUCAUGUUGGACGAGAAGAGAGUGAGAAACGCCAACAAAGCUGUGGAGGACUCCAUGGACACCAGGCAGGAAGUCAAACAUAAACUGAACAUGUGCAGCAGCAGAGGAGACAUGGCGUCGCUGGAGAAGGUCCAUGAGCUCAGUGUGGCCAAUCUCAACCGAAUGAUCUGCGGAGGACCCGGUCUAGAGGACUGCUCAGGAUGUGGUGGAGCUCUGUGUGUUCUGGAUUUGGGAAAAAAUAAAUGUGGAGGUCCAAACUGUGAUGGAGUCGUUCGAGUUAGUCAGAAAGCUUCAGGGACAGCAGAGAGAGUGAAGGAGCAACUCAUCACACUUCCAUCCCGUCUGCAGGCGUCCAGGAACAAGAUCAACGAUGCCAAACAACAAGCUCAGGACACCAAAGACCAGGCCAAAGACCUCCAGGACCGGAUCAACAACAACAUUGACUCCCUCAGCAGAGAGAAAAAUAAAACCAAUGAGCUCAUCCAGCAAGUCAAAGACUACCUCAUAGAUGAGAUGGUUCCUCCAGAGGACAUUGAGAAAAUGGCCCAAGCUGUUCUGGACAUCCAGAUGCCACGAUCACCAGAUCAGAUCCGAUCAAUGAUCAAUGACAUCAAUAAUCUGCUGUCCAACACAAACAAUUCCCCCAAAACCCUGGAGCACGCCAAGACUACCCAGAACCUGCUGCAGGAAGCUCAGGAACUCAAGGAGCGGACAAAGAACAUUGAUGUGACCAAGAUCAGCAGAGAUAUUUAUGGAGCAGAGAAAGCUCAGGACAAAGCCAACAACGACCUGGACACCGGCAGCCGAGACAAAGACAUGGCCAAAGACCAAAUCAAAGACAUGAACGACAAACUAGACGACAUUGAGACAAAGCUGAUGAAUCGUCGAUCUGAAGAUCUGCAGGACAAGAUCAAAGACCUGAAGAGGAAAACUGAGCAGAACAGAGAGACAGCCAAAAAUGCCAGAGAGGCUGCAGACUCUGCUUUAAACCAGACUACUGCCCCAGAACCAAAGCUGGAUGAUGCAAUGAAGCUGUUUGAGCUUUUAAACCAGAAAAGGUCCAAUCAGAUAGUUGAAGAUGAAGCUGGAGAACGCCUGAGGAAGAUGAUGGAGGAGGCUGAGAAAAUAAAGGAACAGGUGGAGAACAAACUUCUACAGCUACAAGAUCUGGAGGAGAAGAUCCAGCAGCUGAUCAAGAAUAAAGAGGACAAAGCAGCUGAAGUCUCCACGUUGUUAGAAACUGUGGAUUCACUUCGAAAGGAAAUCUCCAAACGGGCCGAAGGAUACGUCAGCUGUACUUCAUGAAUACUACUUGGUACUACAUAGUGUAAUACUGCACCCCAUAAUAUACUGAGUUCUACAUACUGUAAUACUGCCCCCCAUAAAUACUACUGAGCACUACAUACCCUAAUACUGCACCCCAUAAAUACUACUGAGUACUACAUGCUGUUAUACUGCUCAUCAUAAAUACUACUGAGUACUACAUACUGUAAUACUGCACCCCAUAAAUACUACUGAGUACUACAUGCUGUUAUACUGCACAUCAUAAAUACUACGGAGCACUACAUACUGUAAUACUGCACCCCAUAAAUACUACUGAGUACUACAUGCUGUUAUACUGCACAUCAUAAAUACUACUGAGUACUACAUAGUGUAAUACUGCACCCCAUAAAUACUACUGAGUACUACAUGCUGUUAUACUGCACAUCAUAAAUACUACUGAGUACUACAUAGUGUAAUACUGCACCCCAUAAAUACUACUGAGUACUACAUGCUGUUAUACUGCACAUCAUAAAUACUACUGAGUACUACAUAGUGUAAUACUGCACCCCAUAAAUACUACUGAGUACUACAUGCUGUUAUACUGCACAUCAUAAAUACUACUGAGUACUACAUAGUGUAAUACUGCAUGUCAUAAAUACUACUGAGCACUACAUACUGAAUGCUCUGCCACCACACAUACGUGCACAAAACACGUACAAACCGUUCCAGCAUAACCUGAAGGAAUGGCUUCAAUCAGGUGUGUAAUCAUUGAUGUGCUCUCUAUCUUGAUGCUUGUUUCUCCUAUAUGUGCAUUUGUUUUGUAUGUGUAUGUUGUAUUGUAGCUGGGUUUGUUCUGCCUGAUUCAUGCUGCAGC